AUGUUGUCUCUUGUUAAGCAGACAGUGUCUGCUACUGGGAGCAGUAUGCUAAGACCUGCAGCAGCUGAUAUUGUUCAAAUCAGAGGUCGUAAGAGAGCUUUGAAACAGACGAUUACUCGUCAGCAAAAGUUGGAACGACGAAUGAAAAGAGAAGAGAAAGAAGCAGCCAGAAAACAAUAUUCUUUUAUGGAAAAAAUCAACAUUCGACGAAUGAAAAAUCUGUUGUCACCUUCGCAACAAUUUCCAGGUCGCCUCAACAUUGAUGAUGAAGUGAAUCUUCCUGAAAAGCCAACUCUCGAUGUUUUCAUAAAAUCACACUUCAAAACUCAAUAUUACACAGUCGCAGAAGCUCUUGAUAUGCAUCGGGAACUUCAAAGUCCAUCUAUUUAUAACAAUCCGAAUGCUCCAAUUCGUCUUCGUCUAGAGUUGAAUAUGACCACCGAGAGACAAACAAAAAUGGUCACGGGUAGUGAUGAGAUUGUACCCGUUCCGUUUCCAUUCAAUCAUAACGAGAAGCGAACAAUUUUGGCAUUUGCCAAUGAUUUGAAACUUCAAGAACUUGCUGUGGAAUCUGGAGCAGAAAUGGCGCUUGGGCAAGAUACAAUCAAAAAAAUCAUCAAAGGACAGUUCAGAACAGAUGAUUAUGAUUUUUGUGUGUCACACUCUGAUAUGGGAUCAUCAAUUUUACCACUGCGCGGAAUUCUGAAAACAAGAUUCCCAACAAGAGCUAAUGGUGGACUUGGAGAAAAUCUUCCAGAACUAAUCGAAAAAUUUAAAAACGGAGUGAAACUAAACAUCAAAGGAGACCCUGUAUACCCUAUUUGGGGACUCAGUGAUUGUGUCGUUGGGCGAUUAUCGAUGUCGAACGAACAAAUUGAAGCAAACAUUGCAACCGUUGUUUCAGCUGCAUGUGCUCAUCGUAAUCCAGCUCUCGGUCCGUUCAUCAAUCGCGCUCUUCUGAUGACAGUUCCUGGUGAAGAAAAUUAUGCAAUUGAUGUAAAACCAUGGUUACCGGUACCAACUGAAGAAGAAAUUGAAAAGAUUGAGAAGAGAAAGAACAAAAAGAAGAAGAAGGACGAAAAGAAGACGGAAGAUGCUGAUGACGUCAGCCCUGCCAUUGCUGCUGCUCUUUAA